GUUGCGCAGUGUUGGGUGCAAUAAUAAUAAUGGUAAAAAUUGUGCUACGAAAUGGAGAUUUUUCCAUUUCCCUAAAGAUAAAACAGUGGUAAAACAAUGGAUAAUUUUUGUCGUCGUACGGACAACUUGCAGUUUGAAAUGGGUAAUUAUAGCAUUUUGAUUACAAUAAUUUUACUUUUAUAAUCAAACAAUCUUUCAGGUUUAAGUUCGCGGAAUCCAACUAAGUUACUGCCUAGCGCUUUUCCCACGUUAACCAUUGCUCCUGCAGAGGCUAAUGAACGGCAGAAAAGGAUGGAGUCACGUUCCAAAAAAGAGAUGUUAACAACAAUGUUGAAGAAUACCGCCCCUGUUGAAGUAAUUCAAGAAGACGAGGUUGGAGAGGCACCUCAAACUACAGGAGAGGAGGUUAUCGAUGAGAAAGACGAGAAAAUACUGUAUUUGGAAACAGAAAUACAAAGGCUGGAUAGUGUUGUUAGAACUUUGAAUAAGUGCAAAAACGAGCAGUCAGCAGAAAUUAAACGCCUUAGGAUUUCCUUUAAAACCUCGGAAUUCCAUAGAAAUAAUUUGGAGCAAAAACUUAGCUGCAUUUUCAUCAACGGCCAGGUAAUAUUUUUCAACGUGUGUCAGUUGAUCUAAAUUCCACUGACCCAAUUGUAAAAAAUGAUGACUUGGAGAUUCUCAACAACGACGGACUUGAUAAUUUGGCAGGGUACAUAUGCCACAAACUCGGUAAAAACAACCUCGAAAUUUGUGCCAAUUCAGAUAAUUGUUCGUUUUAUACUUGGGUGGAUCACCUUUCUGAAGGAGGACUCUCAAAACCUACAGAUAUGUUAAUGGAGCAUAUGAGAGCCUUGCAAGCAGUAUUUGAUGAUUUAAAUGGUACUGAAUGGCAUAUAUGUACAAUUACGCCCAGAAGCACUUAGAUUUAAGUAAUUUUGUAAAUUGCAGCUCGAAAGUAAAAGUAUUGUUUUUCAGAGCUAGAAUGUAUUUCAGGAUUCGUUCCUUAAAUAAAAACUUAAUUGCUAUACAUAUGGCAAAAAAAG